AUGAAUCAUUCAUAUCAUCUAUCUAUAUCUAUCCAUCUUUCACAUCAUAUCUAUCUAUCUAUCAUAUCAUCUAUCCAUUCAUCUAUUCAUUCAUCAUUCAUCUAUCUAUUCAUUCAUCUAUCAUCAUCUCAUUCAUUCAUCUAUCUAUUCAUUCAUCUAUCUGUUCAAUCUAUCCAUCCAUAUCUAUCCAUCUAUUCAUCUAUCUAUCUAUCUAUCUAUCUAUCUAUAUAUCUUAUUCAUCUAUCUAUCUAUCUAUUCAUCUAUCAUCCAUUCAUUCAUCUAUCUCAUUUUCAUCCAUCUAUCUAUCUAUCAUCUAUUCAUCAUCUAUUCAUCUAUCCAUCAAUUCAUAUCUAUCUAUCCAUCCAUCUUUAUCAUAAAUAUCUAUCUAUCUAUCUAUCGCAUCUAUCUAUCCAUCUCAAUUUAUCUAUCAUGAAUCCAUCUAUUAUAAUCUUUCUGAAUCCAUUCAUCUAUCUAUCUAAAAACAUUCAUCUAUCUAUCUAUUCAUCUAUCUAUCUAUCUAUCUAUCCAUCUAUUCAAAUCUAUUCAUUUAUAUCUAUGUAUCUAUCCAUUAUUCAUUCAUCUAUCUAUCCAUCUAUCUAUCUAUCUAUCUAUCUAUCUAUCUAUCUAUCUAUCUAUUUUAUCUAUCUAUUCAUCUAUCUAUCUUUCAUUCAUCUAUCCAUCCAUUCAUCAUCUAUCAUCUAUCUAUUCAUCUAUCUAUCCAUCUAUUCAUCUAUUCAUCUAUCUAUCUAUAAAUCUAUUAUAUUGAAUCAUGUAUUUAUCUAUUCAUCUAUUUAUCUAUCUAUUUAUCUAUCCAUUCAUCAUCAUCUAUCAUCUCAUCUAUUCAUCUAUCGCUCAUCUAUUCAAUGUAUCAUAUUUUAUCUACAUUCAUCUAUCUAUCUAUCUAUCUAUCAUUAUCCAUUAUCUAUCUAUAUCUAUCUAUCUAUCUAUCUAUCUAUCUAUCUCAACAUCUAUCUAUUCAUCUAUCUAAAGAUCUCCAUCCAUCUAUCUAUUCAUUUAGUCAUUUUCUAUACAUCUAUCUAUCAUAUCAUCUAUCUAUCUUUUUUUUCAUCAUUAUCUAUUCAUAUCUAUCUAUUCAUCUAUCUAUCUAUGCAUUCAUCCAUCUAUCAAUUCAUCUAUUCAUAUUCAUAUCUCAUUCAUUCAUUCAUUCUAUCAUUAUUCAUCUAUCUAUCUAUUCAUAUAUCUAUCUAUCUUAAAUUCUGUAUCUAUUCAUCUAUCUAUCUAUUAUCUAUCUAUUUAUGA